UUUUUUGGGCUGCAGCGCCAUCUAUUUGGACCCACGCCAGUAAGGUCCCUUUGCCUGGCGCGGGGACGCUAGAAGCACCGGCUCCAUGGCGACGGUCACUGUCACCUUGGGCGGCCGAGGUGCUACGAAUGGCAGCACGACGAAAUCCGACACGAUGGCGGUUAGCCACCCAAGCAGCAGAUGCAGAUUGUGGGAUACUAGCAGUAGCCGCCGCCGCCGCCGCCGCCGCCGCCGCUGGAGCCGCCGUCGCCGCCGCAAGCUCACAUUCGGAAUCUUCGCGAUCACUACCGCUGGAGUACAGCGCUACUCCGAGGAGACCGCUCAUCUAUACCACAAAGUGUGGGCGACAGCGGCAGCGGAGCGACGGCAGCGGCAGCAGCGGCAGCGGCAGCGGCAGAGCCGCACCAUCUGCUUCCGGUGCAAGCGCUUCGCCGCGGGUCUCUUCUGGUGGUUCAGCUCUUCUAGCAGUAGUGCCUCUAAACGCGAACACAGCGUUGGUGGCACCACUUCCGCCGAAAAUUUCAAAAUCGAUGCCGCCGGAGGUACGAAACGGUCUGAUGGCUUGGUCCCAAGACGCGACAAACGCAUCCAAGAGAAAGCGCGCGAGAACAGUGAGAAGCGGUCUGCCGACAAACGUGCGAAGCGGGUGGAGGAGAUCGCGAACAACCCUGCUGCGCCGGAGCGAGAGGAGAGCAUCGAGAGAGACCGUGCGGUCGUCAGCCUGGCCAAACGGAGGGGGGUACGUGCCAAGGCCGCCAACGCGGCGGGCAAGAGGUUCGCCAGUCGGGGAGCCAUGGCCAAGAGAACCCCCAAGAAAGACGCCCAGGUACCAGUUUAUGACCGGAUCAAAGAGUUCCCGAACCAAACCUUCUACAUGGCUGACGCUGGCAAGUUGGCCUGCCGUGCGUGCUUCGGCAAGAUCAUCGCUCUGCACAGUUACCGCGUGAAGGACCACAUCGACGGGAAGAAGCACCAGAAAAGAGUGGCAAUGAUGCUGGACACGGAGGAAGAUGAUAAAGGGACACUCCGCGCGUUUACCAAGCGCUCCGAGGCCGAAAAGGACAAGCUCACACAGAUCAAGGCGGUGAAAGGUUAUUUGGCGGCCGGUGUUCCGCUGAACGCGCUGGGCAACCCUGUGUUCGGGGCGUUCCUCGCGCACCUCGACGUGGACUUGCCAAGCGCCGGGCAUCUGGCUGAGCACAUACCAUUGAUCCUAGAGGAGGAGGCGGCACAGCGUGUUCUGCGGUUGAGCAUGCUGAAGAAGAGCAUGACGGCGGAUGACAUUGCCGGUGAGGUCAACCGCAUCGUCACCCAUGAGUACAGCCUCGACCCCAACAAGUGCCAAGCCAUCAUCGGUGACAGCGGCGCGGCAAACCUUUUAGCCAUGGACGCGCUGGCGAAGUUGUCCAGAUACGCGAUCGUCAUCGGCUGCUUGUCCCACACAUUCAAUAACAUCGGCAAGCAGCUGAGCACCCAGGAGUUGGACACGUUCCUUGGCAAGAUGCAUACCCUACUCUCGCACAGCGCUGGAUCGAAGGCGCUUUUCAAAGAGAAAGUCGGAGUCCGCGCCCCAUCGACGCCUGGGCACCGGUGGGGCUCUAGAUUCGAUCGGGACUACAUUAUCGCCAUGAACUGGCCUGGAGUGUUGGAGUUUAUCGCCGCCUACGAGAACGGAGACACGGACAAGAGCAAGGCAGCCAAGUUCAUGAGGGACGAGCUAGUGCAAUUUCGCGACGACAAAAACCCCCAGAGCUUAUUCCUUCAGUUGCAGCUGGCCUUGAUGGUGGACGUCGGCCGUUCCGUGACUUCAGCAACUAGUCUAUCGUCCUGGAGGGCGACGAGCCAUUGGGGGCUUUUAAAGGAGAAGAAAGACUACUACAUGGCGGCCAGUGACACAGACGCCGAGUACGGCCACAUGGCGUUCUGGAACGACAACAAGACAAAGCGCCCUACGUGGCACGCCUUGCUGUUGGACGUUGCCCUUUUGCAACCAUCCUCUGCGUUCAUGGAACGAGUGUUUUCCAUCCUGCGGUGUUGCUUUAAUGAACGACAAGAGAGCGUGUACAGCGACCGUAUUUGCGCUUCCGCACUGCUCAAGUACAACAGGGGCAGGGUCCAAAGUAGCUCAGAAGAGGAGGGAAGCGCCGCAGAUGCCAACAACGGCGGCGGUAGCGACGAAAGCGAUGACAGCGAUGAAGACAGCGACUGA